CGGAUAAUUUUGAUAGCAAAAUGUCAAUAAAUUUGUUCUCCUUUUUUGUAGGACGAACAAUCUUCAUCAAAAUCCUAAUGCUUAUAUUAUGCGCGGUCGAAUUCUUUCUACUCUUCGACUACGAACUGGAAAGGUGCCUCCCCCGCGGCACUUUCUACAUGUCGAUAGUUUGUGCCGCCCAUAUAUGCGUAAUGGCUGUGGAUAUUUUGACGAUUGUGUUCGAUUGCACGGACGCGUUUCCCGAAAAAUUAUUUCUCUGUCUUGGAGCUAUUAUGGCAUUCAGUACGGGAGUUGCGAUACAAGUGGAAAUAAGUAACCCCAGUUCGGGGCUGUCGUGCCCCAAAGAGUCGCAAUCACCACUGAACGUGCUAGGCGGCAUUACGGGAUUUGGCUGCAUUGUUUUGGUUUUCAAUCUCGCCGUAAUUGAAACGGGGUCAGAAAACUAAUAAUUUAAUUCCUUACAAAUAAGUCCUCGGUAUUUCUUCCAAAUCCGUGAU